AUGGAAACCUGGGUGUGUCCAAAUGAUAGACAACUUGCUCUCAGGGCCAAAUUAGGCUCCGGCUGGUCAAUCCACACGAACCGGAAAACUCCGUGUAGCAAGCAGGAAUCACUGACCAGUGAAGAGAUGGAUCGAAUUACCAAGGUCAUUAAACAGGCUGAAAAAGUAGAACAAUUCGAAAUGUACAGAAUUGGUUACUUGGUGGACAAAUUGGAAACGAUGAAGAUGAACGCCCUGGGUGAUGGGAGGAAUCAAUGCGUUCUCUGUGCGGACCAGUUCAAAAUUCUCAGCAAAUCUCCAUCCGUAUGCUCCGAUUGUAACAAGAAUGUUUGUUCCAAGUGCUCAGUUGAAACUGUCAACAGUAAAUCUAAGGUCAUUGACCUCUGCAAAAUAUGCAGUGAGAAGAGGGAAUUGUGGAGGAAAUCCGGUGCCUGGUUCUACAAGGGCCUCCCAAAUUACAUCAAACCACUG